AUGGCUGUUGUCAAGAGUUUGGCGACGGGUUUCACGGCUUGGGCAACAAAACAGCGCUCGCCAGGCUAUAGCAGGAUAUACGCUGAAAAUGAUACCGAGUCACUGCCAUCCCCUGCCUUUCGUAAGAGAAAGUCUUCAAGAUGGCUUCCGAGUUUGUCUCCUAGAAUGUUGUUGGCCGUAGUGGCGUCCAUUCUACUCUUUUCUUGCAUUCUGUUCACGGUGAGCCAUGAUCGUGUUUCGACCUCCGAGUCUUCGCCUUUACAGGACGGUUUAGCACCGCUUCCUGCGGUAGAAAAGGGUGGUCCCCGCCGCCUGCGAGUUAUCGUACCGGCAGAUGGUCCUUCGCCUGAUUUGUGCAAGAUGCUCAUGUCGGGUCUUGUUUCCGGAUAUCCCAGUCCGGUUAUCGUCAACUGGGGUCGCGAUUUUCACAAGUCCCCAGGAUGGUUUGGGGGCUCACAUCUCGGCAAGAUAGACGGCGCACUCGAUUUUCUCGACGCCAUCACCUCCGACCAAGCUCCCGAAGACGAAAGAUUAGGGCCAGAUGACCUGGUUAUUGUAGUCGACGCUUACGAUCUUUGGUUCCAGCUGCCACCUUCCCUUCUCAUUCGAAGAUAUAUGGCCCAAAACUACGCGGCGGACCAGCGUAUCCGCAAGGACUGGGGUGCUGAUUCUCAGACCUGGUUCUCCUCCAACGGCAACACAACCGAGUUCGUCCCUAAGCAAUCGAUCAUCAUAUCCACUCAGAAGAAAUGCUGGCCCGAUCCAAGCCUUGGUUCCGACCCCCACUGUGACAAGUUACCCCAGUCGACCGCACGAGAGGAUCUCUAUGGUUCACACACGGAUGAGGAUCCUCUGCAAUUCCAUGACGUACGCCCGCGAUACGUUAACAGUGGCAGCUUCAUGGGCCCCGUGGGCGACAUGCGCCGUAUGCUCCGCCGCGCUCAGGAAAAAGUCGAAGAAAAGCGUGCUGCAGGAAUUGACAUCUUCAGUGAUCAAGGCAUCUUCGCCGAGAUCUUUGGUGAACAAGAGAUGUGGCGAACUUCCAAGCGCGAACAUCGUCGGUCGGGAAAGAUAUCCGAGGCCGAGAACGCUGAAAUCAUGCUCGAGGCGGCGCAUUUCGAUUACGGGGUCGGUCUGGACUACAUUCAGGACUUGUUCACCCCGACCGUCUUCGAAGAAGACGACGGAGAGUACAUCGUUUUGAGCAACAAAACUGCUCUUGAGGUGGCGGCCAAUGAGCGGGUCAUUAUUCCCCCACGUGUCGAAGGUGUACCAGAAGAUAUGCUGGAAACGCGCAUCCCACUCUCAGAAGCCGGAAUCAAUACUAAACUGGGAUGGGCUGAUGUGCCGCUAUAUACGGACUUCUGGACUACCUCUGUGCCGGUUAUAGUCCAUCACAAUGCCCACCGAAAUGGUCUCAAAGGCUUGAGACUUAAAGACUGGUGGAAGAACAACUGGUUCUUCCCGUAUCUUCGACACCUCAUGGAAUUUCAAGCACGGCCCAGGGCGCUUGAGCCUCUAUUCAAGAUCAUGGGACAAGAUGGGGCGAAAGAUCUUGUUUACUGGGCACCUGCAUCAGAUGCCAACAAGAGAAAGCCACGAAUCUUUAACAAGGAGAAGUUGAAGAAAGAGGGCCUUCCUGAGUCAAACUGGAAUCCGUUGUGUACGAAUGAGGGUAAUGAGGAAUGGUGGAAAGAAGUAUUCCAGGACGGGAAGGGUUCCGUUGACCCUGAAAGCUCUGAUGCCAGUGAUAAGAAUACACCACCAGAGACCGAGGAUGGUCAACGGUGA